UUCAGUUAGUGGGGCCUCGGCAGUCGCGCGCGGACCGCGGUCGGGGACACAUAGCGCGUGACGUGGGAGGGAACGCUGCGGCGAUGGCGCGAUGAGGACAAGCUGGCGCGCGGCGUUUUGCUGGCUCCUGCUUCUGUCAGCCGCUGCGUCCACCGCGCCGCGACGCUACUGCGAGCGGGCCGACGUCGCCUGGCGGGCCUACCGCGCGCCGGCUGCCUUCGAGGCGCGCGUCCAGUCCAUCGCCAGAGACGCUGCCACCGUCAAAGUCAGGCGCGUCCUCCGCCGCCAGGGACACUGGCCUCACGAGGACGCAGUGAUCAGACUCAAGUUGCCGACCCAGGAUCCGUUAGAGUGCUCCGGACGUUUCGAAGUGCCCUUGGUUAAUAGAAGGAACUAUAUCGUGUUCGCGGAAAGGAGAGGACAUUCGGCCGUGGCGCUCGGGCCGCCGCUGCAGAGGACCGGCAAGCUGCUGAGGAGGAUACGUGCCGUCUACAAGGAGGGUUACAGUAGCCCUGCAAAAGUGGAGCCGAUGCAGUCGGUGCGUACGACGAAGGGCACGCGGGUGAAGCUGGAGUGCAACGCGAGUGCACGGCCGCCCCCCCGCAUCACGUGGUACAAGGACGGCAAGCCCGUCACGGAGAUCGCGCUCAGGAGGUUCCGGGUGCAAAAUUUUAGGAGGCGCUCGGUAUUAGUGAUAAGGCACGCGAGACGCGAAGACUCAGCGACGUACGAGUGCAGAGCGCAAGGGGCCAUAGGUCCUCCGGCGAUUGCUGCUGCCAACGUCAGUGUGAUGUCACCCCUACUGGUGACUACUGCGCCCGACACCAUUACAACGUCAGGCGCCCCUUGCCCGAUGCCCGACCCGUCUUCCUACUGCCUCAAUGGAGGCACGUGCUUAUUCUUCGAAGUAGUCCAGGAGCAGGCUUGCAAAUGUCCAGAAGGCUUCAACGGCCAACGGUGCGAGAACAAGGACGUGUCGAAUCGGAGCAGCAAAGGCGAACCACUGUGGUGAUCAAAAAAACGACUCGACUGAACAAAAACGGAAUCCCGAUUACAAUUAAGAAAAAUGAAGCAUUCCUACGUAAUAUAAAAUUUAGGCCCAUAAUCGAUUUGCCAUUUGUAUCUACUAGCUAAUAGGCCCUAAAAAGUUGUAGAGUAACCUAAUUCAGCGCAUUGUAUAGUUACUUGAACAAAAGGAAAUAAUCAUCGACGUAAUGCAAUAAAAUAUUACGCUUGGUCGGUCAAGCAGAAUUACCUACCUGAGAAGUAGCAGGUCCUAAAGGUACUUACUCCCUGCGAGUACCUUCUCCCCACCAAUGAAUUUACUAAUAACGAAAAAAAACUGAUAAUAACGAUAACUAUACAUGGUACAGCUAGUACUACGCUUUAAAGUUCACUCUUCAAUGGAUACUUAUUUGCCAGGUGGGAGCAAUACGGAAAAGUGCGCGUAUGAUACUUGUCAUACAAGAUCUUGCAACCACGGAAUUAGUAGGUACUCCCGGAGUACCUACUAGUUCCGUGCUUGCAGCUUCAGAGCAAACCCCCUGACGUAAUGUUUAUCUCGCGUACUAAGAGACGAGCACAUGCAGUGUAACUAAGUACUCCUGGUCUAGACGCAGAACGGCACUUUCGAAAAAUGUCAUCGUGAAAAAGUUUGCCACUUUCGCAUGUGACAUUGUGCGAUGACAUUUUCGCAAAAUGCGAACGUAAUCAAAUAUUUCACGAUGACAUUUUCCGAAGGUAACGUUCUGCGUACUUUACCAUACCUUGUAAAGCUUUUGUAUGAUAAUUUCGUGUGUAAAACAUUUUAGAAGAUUGUGGUGCUUAUAUUGUGACUUAUAUUAUGCUAUGGUACUUAAAACGUAGGUGAAAUCAUGAAUCUCAAUAAUCAUUUUUCAAAGGUUCACAUUAGUAAAUCGACCAUAAACGAAAUCUAAAGUUCUUCUGGAUUGUCACUAAAGUCCGCGCCACGAAAGAAGUCCCGUCGAUGCGGUGUUCUUUACAGUUACAGUCGCUGACACCAAUAUGGCCGAUUGUUAUUGAUAGUUCCACAGCUGGACUGGACAUCUUUCGCAGCGCGGACUCCAGUCGCACAACACUUGCUUUUAUGUCUCUUUGAAGAUAAAAAUCAAGUGUUCACUAAUGCAGCUUUGUUAAUGCAUUCCAACUUUAUUUAUGGCCCUUAAAAAUCACUUUUGAUGGUAUCACGUUCUAUCUCUUGUGAAAUAGACAGAGCCAAGUCUCAAGACUAGCCUAGAUUGUUGUUUUGCUAACAUGCAACUUUUCCAAAAGAUGCUAAUUUGAAUUAACUGUGCAACAAAAAUUUUAUGACGUUUCACAAUUGUUUACCUCCAAAAUUGGGAUAAUUUUUGAAAAUAUGAUGCACAAAAAUAACCUCGAUUGAAUGUGUGUCGGUUGGUUUAGUAAGAUCUCGUAUUAGUUUCCGCGUUAAAAUGUUAA